AUGGCCAUUUUAGCUGCCUGCCUAAAAGGAGAAAGCAAAAAGGAAAAGAAAGUGGCUGUCCUUGCUACUGCAGAGGUGCCUGCUAAAUCAGUUGACCUGACUGCAAUUAACCUGACGGAGCUAGUGAAUGGCAUGUUAAAUACGGCUUUUAAAGGUACCAAAAAAUUCUUCUCUCUGCUAAGCAUUACGUCUUACAGCUCAUUUGCCUUCCACAAAGUUUCAGUCCUCAUCUAUAACAUUUCCAACCUGAAAAUUGUUGACCCCAGCAAGUUCCCUAUGAGGUAUUGCUAUUGUUUAAACAACAUGACAAACGACUUAACAGAUUUUACAGCCUUACUCGUUGACAUUAUUGGGAACUCUACCAGUUACCUCACAGAAAUUUUCAAAUCGACUUCCAUCCUCUCAGUGAGUCAGAGCAACAAUUCAGACUGUAUCUAUAUCUGUGUGAUGACAGGCCAAACAGGCAGGAAUCUGUCUGACUUCUGGGAAAUGAUAGAGAAGUCUCCUGUUAUUAAUUACACGUUUUCCAGUAAUGCGUCUGCUGACCUGGAUAUAGACUCCAUUCUCCCCAGUUUAAUGACCUUACAAGACACUGGCAAGGCCAUGGAUGAACCUGCAGAAGAGAUGUGGACAUUUAAAAGUGCGCAAGUGGUGGGAAAUGAUGAGUCUAAGAAGAAUCUGAGACUCAAGCCUGGAUGGAGACCAGAGGAGUGUGCUACGGGGGCCAAGAAGGCCGGGAUGAACUUUCUGGAGCAGUCUGUCAUCAAGAAGGAUAAGGAGACAACCCUUAAAGCAUCACCAGUGACCUCCCCUCCUGUUACCAUUUUGGUACAAAAGAUAAAUCCUUGUGUGAUGGAGCUGUGUAGAUUUUUUCAGCAGUGCCUCUGUGUUAGUCAAAGAAGAUACUCAAGGCAAGAAUCCAUGAGGUACUGUAUUGAAUACUAUUCCUGGUUCUUGAAAAAUGCCACUUUUAUCUGUGCAAGGGUCAAAAGAAUGGCUUACUCAAACACGUUAAAGCAAAAAUGCCUUGCAAACAUCUGUAAAUCUAUCUAAAGCACUGAGGAAAUGUACUGCAAAUGAGAAGAGCUUUAGGAGACU